AUGGGUUUUUACAAGGUGCACAAUGACGCCUUUAUUCCCAAAAUUGGCCUGGAGUUCUCUGCUGGUUCAGACCUAUAUAGUCUAUUCCCGUGUACGAUACCCUCUAAUCACUGGGCAGAGAUAAGAACCGGCGUGGCUUUAAAAUUUGUCUCAAGGGUCGCCAGCAACAGCAAAAUUCACAAAUUGAAGGAAAUUCGCUCGAGGUCUGGAAUGGCGUUAAACCACAAUAUCAAUGUCGUUUCUCAUCACUUUGAGGAGCUUAAUAACGAGAUUAUAGUCACUGUUGUCAAUACUGGGAGUAAGGAGUAUGAGAUGGAAGCGGGAACGAGGUUCGCACAAGCCAUAGUGCACCUGACUACCAAAGAGAAGACGGUAGGAGGAUCGGUCAAAUACAAGCUCAUCGGUAGCGACAAAAAUUCUAUCUUAUUGCUCAAGGAUUACAAUGGAAUGGGUAAGAUGCCUGUCUUUCUAGCCGCGGAAGAUUGCUCGAUACCUCCUGAUUCGUCAAAGUUGGUAGGUACCGGUAUCGCCGUCAGCCUUCCUUCCAUGUCGUGCUACAUGCAGCUCCAGUCACCGCCGCUCUCUCCGUGUUAUUCUGAUAUCAAUGUGCAGGCGGGUGUCAUAGACGCAGACUAUAGAGGGGAGGUGAAGGUACUAAUUAAUAAUCGGAGCAGUGGCAAUACUCUAAGGAUAUGCACUGGAGUUUUUGUAGAGUUAAACACAUUUAAAGAGCAGAAUCUGAUUGCAGAUAUUAUGUCUAUUAAGAAAGGUAUCGAUGUAAUGUCUUGGGAGAUUAACAGUGAUACCGAAGAGAUAGUGCUCGUGUUUAAAAAUGACUAUGCGUGGAAGAAUAUUCUCAAGAAGGGAGAGAGAAUCAUUUCUGUGUUUGUGGUUAGUUCACUUGGCGUUGCUUGUUUAGAAAAGGUUGAAGAGUUAGAUGUGAAGGGUAGAGGGUGUAGAGGUUUUGGAAGCACAGGAAUGAAGUGA